CCCAGGAAUCCCCAGUUCCCCUUUGCCCUCCCCCAUUGCAGAAUUUUCCAUGGAAAGUUCUGGAAUUGGAGCAAUUUUCUCUUUUUGCAGGAGCUGUGCAGCCAUGGACAUCGAGGACUGCAACGCGCGAUCCUACAUCACCGGAAUUUGCUCUUCCUGGAAGGUGAGCGGCUGCGUUCGCCCCUCCAGCGCCUCCCUCCGCCCCGCCGGGAUCCCGCGCUGCUUCCCGGGAAUCCCGAUCCAGGCAUCUCCGGGAUUCCUCCCUCAAGCCCGUGGGGAUUCCCCCCUGGAGCAGGAAUUCCGCUCGGCCGUGGGGGGAGGGGCAGCCCGGAGCCCCCCCAGCCCCCGCUCGUCCCCUCGGUCCCCGGCCAACUCCAUCAAGGUGGAGAUGUCGUCGGACGAGGAUUCCCCGGGGCGGCUGCAGGACAAGGAGGGGCUGGGGGAGGAUUCUCUGCCGGAGCCGGAGCCGGAGCCGGAGCCGGAGCCGUUCCCGGAGCCCUUCCCGGAGCCCAACUCGCCCGGGGGCAUCCGCCUGCCCAACGGCAAACUCAAAUGUGACGUGUGUGGGAUGGUGUGCAUCGGGCCCAACGUGCUCAUGGUGCACAAACGGAGCCACACCGGGGAGCGGCCGUUCCAGUGCCAGCAGUGCGGCGCGUCCUUCACGCAGAAGGGGAACCUGCUGCGCCACAUCAAGCUGCACUCGGGGGAGAAACCCUUCAAGUGCCCCUUCUGCUCCUACGCCUGCCGGCGGCGCGACGCGCUCAGCGGGCACCUGAGGACGCACUCGGUGUCCUCCCCCACGGUGGGCAAGCCCUACAAGUGCAGCUCGUGCGGGCGCAGCUACAAACAGCAGAGCAGCCUGGAGGAGCACCGGGAGCGCUGCCACAGCUUCCUCAGGAGCCUGCCCGGGGAAAACCCCGCACAGACAGGGGAGGAAAUCCGGGAGCUGGAUAUGGUGCCCGAGGCGUUGCUUCAUCCUGAGCGCCCCACCUUCAUCGAGCGGUUGGCGGGGAGUUUUACCAAGAGGAAACGUUCCACGCCGCAGAAAUUUGUGGGCGAGAAGCAGAUGCGCUUCGCCCUCUCGGAGCUUCCCUUCGACGUGAGCCCCGGUUUCGAGAAGGACUCGGAGCUGCUCCCGUCCCGCGGGCACGCCCUGGAUCCGCCCUACGCGGGCCCGCUGUCCCUGCUGGGCUCUGCCGACCCUCUGCGCCCGCUCCGCCUGGCCACCAACUGCAUCACCGAGGUCACCCCGGUCAUCAGCUCCGUCUACACCCAGAUCCAGGCGCUGCCCGCCCGCCUCGAGCUGCCCCGCGGCCGCGACUCCUCCGAGGACGGCGCCGACGCCAUCCCGGUGAUUUUCCGCAGCCGCGACGGCGCCGCUUCCCCCUCCAACGGCUGCCAGGACUCCACGGACACCGAGAGCAUCCAGGAGGAGCGGGCGGGCGGCGGCAGCAGCCGCCACAGCCCCGCCUACGCCAAAGAGGAGCCCAAGGAGGAGCCCGAGGGCGCGGCUCGCUGCUUCCCCAAGGAAUCGCUGCGCGUUCUCAACGAGGAGGGCGAGCAGCUUCGAGCGUUCUGCUGCGAGCACUGCCGGGUGCUCUUCCUGGACCACGUCAUGUUCACCAUCCACAUGGGCUGCCACGGCUUCAGGGACCCUUUCGAGUGCAACAUCUGCGGCUACCGCAGCCAGGACCGCUACGAGUUCUCCUCGCACAUCGUGCGCGGCGAGCACAAGAUUUGAGGUGGGGGAAAAAGUUCCCUCCCCUUCCUGUCGCUGGUUUUGCCUCCCUGGUUUUCAACUUUGCUCGGUGAAUGCAAAAUGUG